CAUUUCCUUCCGAUUGGGGUUCCUCCCCGUGUCAUCCGCUCAUGUCCCCAUUCUUCAUUUCUACAGGAGUCCCCAAGAGCGGCCCGAAUUGACAAAACGGGUAAAAGGGUUUUCUGUAUUUUCCGAAGAAACUGGAAAAGAGAAAUGAUUCCGCAGCAAUGGACGCCGCCGUGUAACAAUCAAUGCACUCACAAAUACGCCAAUCUCAUGCAAAUCCCCUGGAGAGUAUUCUGCAAGAAAGGGUGUGAUUCUGAUGGGGACACUUGGGAGGAAUGCCAAGGAGAAUGUGAUGAAAUUUGCUAUAAAGAUCCAGUUUUGAAGGAUCAAAAGUGGAGUUCUUACAUUGAUCGAUCUCCCGGUGCUGUUGGCUAUUCAGAGGAAUGCUUUCGUGCUUGUGUAGCUGGCUGUGGUUACAAGUUUGAUAUACCUGAAACGGAAGUUGAAAAGAUCCGUCCGAAAAGGCCAUCAUCACUGCCAGAGAAGCCGCCACCUUGCCUUGCUCUUGAAACAAGACGACCUCAGCAACCUUGUCCAACAACUGAAGACAUUCCCGGAACUUCUGCAUAGGGAUGUCUGUCUGUGUUAUGUUAAGGUUUAUAGAUAGGACUUUAAGUAAUAGCACGCCAGUAUUGGAGCUUUUCAGCAUGCUGAUUGGAUUGAGCAUGAAGUUCCCCCACCUGGGAUGGAGGACAUCAUUACAAGGGACAAGAUAGGCGUUACCAGAAUUCGCAGAGUUACUUCUCCUGAGGAGACGAGUUAGUUCGGGGUUUCCCCCCUCCCCAUUUGAUCAAAAAAAAUAAUAGCACGCCAGUGUCCCACUAUCAUUUUCCACAGUACCUAAAUUCACGCCUUUUGACCCUUUUC